AAAUGGGAGUUCUAUGAAUUUUGUAGUUUUCUGUUUUUGAAAAAAUGAUUUUGUGGGCGUGAGUGGGUUUGUAUGUGUUAGCACGUGAUAUCUAGUCUUAGUGCCUUGUUGGGUUAGUGCAGAGGUGUAAAUCGUGGGCAGAUUUCUCCAAGCUCCCUAGGCUCCGGAGGGCAAGGUAAGCACAUGCCCCAGGAAACUCAGCGUUUGAAGGCGUCGUGACCUCACUGCGUUCCGUACUUCCAGGUACUGACGUGCUGUCUUUGUCGUUUCUGCAGCGUCCUUUGCUGGCCACUCCGCUUCUCCCAGUGCGGCCACCAAGUAAACAGCUCAUGACUUCUGAUCAGGACACUAAGGUCGUGGCUGAACCGCAGGGCCAGCGAGUCCAGGAAGGGAAAGACAGCGCUCAUCUGAUGAAUGGUCCCAUAUCCCAAACCACUUCUCAGACCAGCUCCAUCCCAGCUUUGAGUCAGGUACCGACAGCCAAGGUUUCAGAGCUAAACCCUAAUGCUAAAGUGUGGGGGACGCCCGUGCUGCAGUUGGAAGCGGGCAGUGCAGCGGACGGCAGCGUGAGCGCGGCCUGGGAGGAGCCGGCGGGGCCCCGCCCAGCCUGCGGCCAGGAGGGAUUGGAUGCCAAUGGUGAUGGUGAUAAAGGUCAAGAGAGUGUGGCGCUGUCGGAUUUGCAGGAGCCAGAGCGACCAGCUGUGAGCGCAGCAGCUCUGGAUCGUUCAGAAUAUGAAUCUCCGCCGGAAAACAGCGAGACUGGAGGAAAUGAGUCUCAACCAGAAACCCAGGAGGACCCCCGAGAAGUACUUAAAAAGACAUUGGAGUUCUGCUUGUCCAGGGAGAACCUCGCUAGCGACAUGUACCUUAUAUCGCAGAUGGACAGUGACCAGUACGUGCCAAUCACCACGGUAGCUAAUCUGGACCAUGUCAAGAAGCUCAGCACUGACAUGAACUUGAUCGUUGAAGUGCUGAGGUCUUUACCCUUAGUCCAAGUGGAUGAGAAGGGAGAAAAAGUACGGCCAAAUCAGAACCGCUGCAUCGUGAUCCUGCGCGAAAUCUCCGAGUCCACCCCUGUGGAAGAAGUAGAAGCACUAUUUAAAGGAGACAAUUUACCGAAAUUUAUAAACUGUGAAUUUGCCUAUAAUGACAAUUGGUUUAUUACAUUUGAGACAGAAGCUGACGCCCAGCAGGCUUACAAGUAUCUUCGCGAGGAGCUCAAGACUUUUCAAGGAAAACCAAUUAAGGCGCGGAUAAAAGCGAAGGCGAUAGCCAUAAACACAUUUUUGCCAAAGAACGGAUUCAGACCUCUGGACAUGAGCCUUUACGCGCAGCAGCGCCACACGGCCUCCUUCUACUUACCUCCGGUCUACAGCCCGCAGCAGCAGUUCCCCCUGUACAGCCUGAUCGCCCCCCAGGCGUGGGCCGCCGCGCACAGCUAUCUCGACCCGCCCCUGGUAACUCCGUUUCCGAAUACUGGAUUUAUAAAUGGGUUUACGUCUCCAACCUUCAAACCUGCAGCGUCUCCUCUGACUUCGCUCAGACAGUACCCUCCAAGAAGCAGGAAUCCUAGCAAAUCUCAUCUACGCCAUGCCAUUCCCAGUGCAGAGAGAGGACCUGGGCUGUUAGAAAGCCCUUCGAUAUUUAACUUCACUGCAGACCGGCUAAUUAACGGUGUUCGGAGCCCACAGACACGGCAGACAGGUCCGCCUAGAACACGGAUACAGAACCCUCCCGCCUACGCCAAGAGGGAGGUUGGGUCUGGUCGUGUGGAGCCGAGCAGCGCGGAGUCUCCCCCUGGUUUAGGGAGAGGGAGGAAGAAUUCCUUUGGUUACCGGAAGAAGCGAGAGGAGAAGCUGACAAGGAGCCAAACGCAGUCUCCAACGCCCCCGAGGCCCCCGUCCCCAAGCUUCGAGUUAGGACUGUCCAACUUCCCUCCGCUGCCUGGGGCCGCAGGCCACCUGAAGACUGAGGACCUGUUUGAAAACAGGCUGUCUAGCUUCUUAAUAGGAUCAUCAAAAGAAAGGGGCCUGACUGCGGACGCCAGCACGAGCACGCUCCCCGCGGUGAGCCCCCGAGAGCCCUCAGCCCCCGCGGCGUGCACGCGGUCCGCGGCCCCCGGGCGCUCCCCCUCCCNNNGGCAUCUUCACAGGGAUCCCAAGGUGGUGGAGAAGCACAGGGAGACCUCGACCGUGGACAGACUUCCUUCUGCCCUCACCACGACGGCGAGUAAAUCGGUGCAGGUGAAUGGCGCUGCCACGGAGUUGCGGAAACCCAGCUACGCGGAAAUCUGCCAGAGGACGAGUAGAGAGCCCCCGUGCUCCCCGCUGCAGCCCCCGAAGGAGCAGAAGCCAAGCACUGUCGGCUGUGGGAAGGAGGAGAAGAGGCUCGCCGAGAGAGAGCCCCCCGCGCCCAAGCACAGCCCGGGCCCGCCCAGAGACCAGAGGAGGCCGCCGGGCCGCCGGCCCUCGCCCCCGGCGGCCGGGAAGCGUCCGCACGGAGAGCAGAGCUCCCCUCCCAAGUCCCCUCAGUGAGCGCCGAGGGCCGGGAGGGCGGGGAGGGACUGAGGUCGCCACAGCUCAGCGCUGUCCCACGCGGGGCCCAGAGUGAGCCGCUGGUUAGGAGCUUGCAGCGUAGACGGGCCGGUUUGGUGCCUGCAAGUGGUGUUUUCUUCCGUGAGUCGGAUUUUCCCCCUCUUGAAAAAAAAUCUAUUUUUCAGGAUUUAAUUAAUAUAAACCUUAUUUUAGGUUGGUGCUUAACUGGAGGUGAUGCAUAAGUCUGAUUUUUUUCAGGAUAGAAAAUGCAUUUAUCCUAACAAAUUGAUAUUUUUAUUAAGCCUCCAUGUGGCUAUAAAUGCAAGCUAUAUAUAGUGAGUUUUUCUAAAUUAAGCGGAACUAUGCUACUUCAUUUUUAAAAAUAACUGUUCAGCAAGUGCAUAUCUCUGAGAUGUCCAGACCGACGGGUGGGCUGAGGAUGGCCGAAUCGAGGUUGGAGGCGACACGGGCAGUGUGGCCUGGAGAGGGGGCGGGGCCAGGUGGUGCCCUCGCUGGCCUGGGGGUGGUACUUCACGAAAAUCUUAGCAAGUGACGCUAGCAGUUGUUUGGGGUUUUUUCGUUUUGUUUUUUUUAUUUUUUAAAUUAUGGCCUACUUUUGAUCUAUUGGGCAAGAUGCACCCAAGAGAGCCCUGAAACCGUGAAUUUUUAUGUGCUGCAAGCAAGUAACCAGCCUCUCAAUCUAGACUCCGUGGCUGUUGUGUAAGAUAGAGUCAAAGCACAUUGUGAAUAGAACCUACAUGAAGACGUAAAUGUGGUUGGCCACCGACGCGUCAUCGCGGAAUUGUACCCUGAUGUUGUCUUGCUCCUUCGAGCUGGCCGGUGGGGGGCGUGGGGCUGCCCCGGCUCCCCUGCCCCAGCCAGCUCUGAGGAGGCCUCCCCGCACCUCCAUGUGGGCACACGGCGGAAGUGUCACCUAAGUCCUGAGAGGCGCGUGCGGUGCCCGUGGCGGUGAGGCCGACGCGC